GCGUUGUUUGGACACAGCUGACCGUUUGUCUGCUAAAGGAAAAAAAAAAACAUAAACCAGGCUAGGCUAGCAGGACGGAUAGUUAUCGGCGCACAGAGCGGGAGUACAGUCCGUGUAAAGUCGGGAGGACAGCAGCGAGUCUUUCACUUCCAGCCAUGCAAACCAUGAGGGUCGUAGCCAGCUAACGGUAGCCCCGUCCCGGCUGGCAGGGACUGAUCUCGAUGGCGAAACCGAAGCGUCGGUAGAUAAAAAAGGCGACAUCAACAGGAACACGGUUAGCUUAGUUUCAAUGUUAUUGUCAAUUAAGAACCACACUCGGUCACAAUGUCUUGCUCUGGCAACCUGGUUUGGGAUGUAAACAGACGCUUAAUUGGAUACAGCGACCCUAACGCCAUCAGGACCAACUAUUUAGGUAGGAGAGAAUUUGUCCAGAGGCUUAAACUUGAAGCGACACUGAAUGUACAUGAUGGCUGCGUCAACACUAUAUCCUGGAACGACACAGGAGAAUACAUCCUGUCAGGGUCAGACGAUACCUUCCUGGCCAUUACAAACCCGUACAACAAAAAGGUCAAAAAGUCUAUACGUUCAGGUCAUCGUGCAAAUAUCUUCAGUGCUAAGUUCAUGCCUCACACCAACGAUCAGGAGAUCAUCUCCUGCUCCGGAGAUGGUAUCAUCUACUACACCCACACCGAGAAGAGUGCUGAGUACAACAGACAGUGUCAGUUCACCUGCCAUUAUGGAACAGCUUAUGAGAUUAUGACGGUACCAAAUGACCCCUACACCUUUCUGUCAUGUGGGGAGGACGGCACGGUGCGGUGGUUUGACCUGCGCAUGAAAACUAGCUGCACUAAAGAAGACUGCAAAGACGACAUCCUUAUAAACUGUCGGAGAGCAGCAACCUCCAUAUCCAUUUCUCCACUGGUGCCCUACUACCUGGCUGUGGGCUGCUCUGACAGCUCAGUGCGCAUCUAUGACAGACGCAUGCUGGGAACUAGAGCGACAGGUAACUACAUGGGCCGAGGGACGACGGGUAUGUGCGUCAGGUUCGUUCCCGCUCACCUGUCCAACAAGUCGUGCCGAGUGACAUCUCUCUGCUACAGCGAGGAUGGCCAGGAGGUUCUGGUCAGCUACUCCUCCGAUUACAUCUACCUGUUCGAUCCCAAAGAUGACCAGGCCCGAGAGCUAAAGGGCCCCUCUGAGGAGAGGAGGGAGGAGCUGAGGCAGCCUCCAGUGAAGCGCCUCCGUCUACGAGGCGACUGGUCGGACACUGGACCCCGAGCUCGUCCUGAGAGCGAGAGGGAAAGAGAUGGAGAACAGAGCCCGAACGUCUCUCUGAUGCAGAGGAUGUCGGACAUGUUGUCCCGUUGGUUUGAGGAGGCGAGCGAGGCUCAGGGCAGCAGAGGAACCCGACCUCAGACCCGACCCAGAGGAACAGCUGUCCGUCCAGAGGCGGCAUCGAGUACCUCAACUGCCCCUGCAAGAGACUCCAGACAGGAAUCUGGCGCCCCCAUGAGGCCCGCGGGGACAGACACCCUGGAAGUACCUGCCAGCUCUGCCGCUGCCGCUGCCGCCCCCACUUCCUCUUCCUCCUCAGGGUCGUCGUCGACAGUCACGGCACCUCCUGCUUCCAGCUCCUCGUCGGUAGAGAGUUCGGCCCCUUCCACCUCCUCGCCUGACUCAGAGCAGAGGAGUCAGGCCGACGCGGGCGGGACCCCCACGCCAACUGCCACCCCCAGCUCAGAGCCUGCACUCUCAGAGUACGGUCCUCAUCGGCUGCCCAUAAGUUUAGUGUGUAGGCGUUUGCAGAGGUUACUCCGGCUGGCCGACCCCCCAAGACAGGGUCAGAGAGCAACCACUUCUUCUUCCUCUGCAGCCUCUGAGAGACAGUCACAGAGAGCUGCCGCUGCCGCUGCCACCACUGAGACGCGACCCCGUACAGAUUCGCCCUCGUCUGUGGUAAACAAACAGCUGGGAUCCAUGACUCUCGAUGAACAGCAGGGAGGAGCUGCAGGUUCACCUCCUGAUGAAUCUGUGUCUGUACCAGCCAGCAGCAGCACCUCCUCCUCCACCUCCACAUCCACCUCCACCUCCACCACCGCUGGCACCAGUCGACCCAGUGCAGCAGAGCCAGUCCUCAGCCUGCACUACAGCUCAGAAGGAACCACCACCAGCACCAUCAAGCUGGACUUCACUGAUGAGUGGAGCAGUAGCACAUCCAGCUCUAUGGGCAGUGGAGGUCCCAAAGCAUCUGAGGCGGUGGCUUCACAGAGCAGAGAGAGUCUGUCCACAGAGAGCUCCACGUUAGAGCAAGUUCCCUCUGCGUCCUCGAAGCAGCAAAGCGGGCCGGCCGCCUGCACAGAGCCUCCAUGUGCCGCCUCCUCCUCCUCCUCCGCGUCACCUGGCAGCUCAUCAGCUCCAGCCCCGGCCGCAGCACAGGGCUCCUCCUCAUCACCGCCAGAGAGGAGUCAGCCUGAGGAGGACACGUCAGGGGGCUGCAGAAGGCAGGAGCCCACCACAGAGGAAGGGCAGGAGGGAGGAGAGGAGGGCCAGAGCCAGAGCCAGAGCCAGCCCGCACGCGCCAACCAGGACUCUGACGACAGCGACGACGAUCCCAUCCUCAUCCCGUCAACGCGCUUCAGAGGACAGGGACAGAGAUUUAAUUCCAGAGGAUCCGCAGUAGGAGAUAGAAUGAUCAGACGCUCGGCAGCGGCUCGUAUCCAGGAGCUUUUCCGCAGGAGGAAAGAAAGACGGGAGAUGGAGGAGAGCGAGACGCAGAAUAUCAGGAGACCCUCAGUUAAAAUGGUCUACAAGGGCCACCGCAACUCCAGGACGAUGAUAAAGGAAUCCUGUUUCUGGGGCAACAACUUUGUGAUGAGCGGUUCAGACUGCGGUCACAUCUUCAUCUGGGACAGACACACCGCAGAGCACCUCAUGCUGCUUGAAGCCGACAACCAUGUGGUCAACUGCCUGCAGCCGCACCCCUACGACCCCAUUCUGGCUUCUUCAGGGAUAGACUACGAUAUCAAGAUUUGGUCGCCACUGGAGGAGUCGCCAUCUUUCAACAGAGUCCUCGCUGAUGAGGUAAUCACUCGCAACGAGCUGAUGCUAGAGGAGACGAGGAACACAAUCACAGUCCCGGCUUCAUUCAUGCUGCGAAUGUUGGCCUCCCUUAAUCACAUCAGAUCAGAUCGACUAGAAGGUGAUCGCUCUGAAGGUUCAGGCCAGGAAAACGAGGACGAGCAGUAGACCGGUGGCGUUUUAUUUGAAAGAAAACACUAUUUCUUUUUGCUGUAUAGCACUUGAAAACCCGAGAUUUGUACAAGUACAGUGUAGAAUACUUCCUUUUGAAAAUUAGUGUAAUUUCUAGCUCCCCCUGUGUUUUUUUAAGAGACUUUCUUACUGAUGUUUCUGUAUGAGUUUAAACUACAUCUGUGUGAAUGCAAAGGCAAAGACGUCAGUAUAUAUUAAGUGUGAGAAUAAUGGCGGCUGGUGUGCAAGGAUGUUAAGUGCAAUAUUAUUUUGUAAGGGGAGAGUGAGCUUUGAUCAGUGUUAACGUGUGACAUUUUGAAUUUGUAGCACAAAGCUAAGAGAUGUUGACGUGCUGCUCCGGCAGUAACCAUGUAAACAAAGACUUUAAGUAAACCAUA